GGGGCCGCCCGUCCCGCCGGGACAGUCGCCGCUGGCAGCCGCGGCGCGGUGCGGUGCGAUCCAUCCAUCCCAUCGCAUCCYGGUGCGGGACAUCCAUCCCAUCUCACAGCGGUGCCGGACAUCCAUCCCAUCCCAUCCCAUCCCGGCGCGGUGCGGUGCGGGAUAUCACCCCAGCCCGGUGCGGUGCGGGACGUUUAUCCCAGCCGGGUGCAGCGCGGGACAUCCCGGCGCGGAGCGGGGCAUCCAUCGCAUCCCGUCCCAUCCCGGCGCGGCGCAUCCCGGCUCGGGCUGUCCCGAUGGAGACCGAGGGUUACCGCUGCCGCAGCAGCCGCUACAUCGAGAGCGGGCAAUCGGCCGUGCCCAGCUCGGUGCUGUUCGCCGCCGGGCUUUUGGGGAACGUCCUGGCCCUGCUGCUGCUGGGCCAGCACCGGCGGCGCUCCCGAUCGCCCGGGGGCCGCCCGCCGCGGGUGUCGGCGUUCUACGUGCUGGUCAGCGGGCUGGCGGUCACCGACCUGCUGGGCAAGUGCCUGCUCAGCCCCAUCGUGCUGGCCGCCUACGCCUACAACCGCAGCCUCAGCGAGCUGGGGCCGGGGGGACGCGGCGACGACGAGCCGGGGGUGCUGUGCCAACUCUUCGCCUUCCUCAUGGCCUUCUUCGGGCUGGCCCCCACCCUGCUGCUGCUGGCCAUGGCUCUGGAGUGCUGGCUCUCCUUGGGGCAUCCCUACUUCUACCGGAGGCACCUGACCCGCCGCCUGGGUGCCACGCUGGGGCCGGCGGCCGCCGGGCUGUGCGCCCUGUUCUGCGCGCUGCCCCUGCUGGGUUUCGGGGUGCCCAUGCAGUACUGCCCGGGCACGUGGUGCUUCAUCCGGAUGGCCGGCGGUGGCCCACGCGAGCUGGCCUUCCCCGUGCUCUACGCCAGCCUGAUGGGCUUGCUGGUGCUGGCCAUCGUGGCGUGCAACGUGAGCAGCAUGCGGCAGCUGUACGGCAUGGCCCGCCGGCAGCCCCGCCGCGGGGCCCCCCCCGCCGCCGCCCCGCGCAUGGAGGAGCUCGAUCACCUCGUCCUGCUGGGGCUCAUGACCGUCCUCUUCACCGUCUGCUCGCUGCCGCUCAUYAUCCGUGUGUACAUGGGUGCCUUCGCCGCCGAUUUCAACGAGAACGCCGACCUGAGCGCGCUGCGCUUCCUCUCCGUCAACUCCAUCGUGGACCCCUGGGUGUUCAUCAUCUUCCGCACCUCCGUGUUCCGCACCUUCGUCCGCAGGGUGUGCCGGAGGCUCAAUUCCCGCAAAGCCUCCCUGCGAGGCUCCUCUCCGGGCGGUGACAGCCAGUUUUGUCCCCCGGGCUGGCGCAGGACAGACUCGCCGCCGCUCGGCAUCCCCUGAGCGCGGCGCUGCCGCAGAAGCCGGCGGAGGCUGGCGAGGAUGAGGAGCGAGCCUUCGGCCCCGCAUCCCUGCCCCCGGAGCAUCCCGAGGAGGCGCAGGGCGGUGGCAGGCAGGGACGGCGUCCAGCUCGCUGCGAGGGACGCUGUGAAGGGUUUCCGUGCCCUCCCCAAGCUGAGUUUGGCUCYGGAGAGGAACCGGGGCGGGGCUCCCGGGGAUUUGUGGAUAUUCCGAGCGGCAGAGCUUUGUGGAGGGAUUGCGGAGCGCCCGGCUCCAGGAAAGCAGGAGGGGUUUGGARUGAGGUUCAGGGCAGGGGGUACUCACAGGAGGAUGUGUUCCCGUGGAAUAAAAGUGGUUCAGAGCCCCGUUUCACCACCUUGUCCUGCACACGAUCCCAUUUCAUGCCAAGGCCGUUUAUCGGGAUCGGGUUUGGGGUGUCCCCAGACCGGGUGAGGGGCAGGAAGGAGCCUUUGGGGUGUCGGGAAAUUUGAGCAGUAAUUCCUGGUGUGAUGAGGAGCUGGAGGGCGGGCGGGAUCCCUCCAUGGGAUUCCCAUCAUCCCUCCCCACCCACCCUCCAUCCCUGCCCAGGAUCUUCCAUAUCCCGGGAGCAGGGCUGUGCUUUAUCCGCUGUUCUCUCGCUGUUCCCUGGAAAAUCGAUUCCUCCGAGCGCCAGUGCUGCAUUUGUGUUAYUCAGCUGUACCUGUUCUGYUGUAAUYAUUUAAAUUCAGUAUUUAUGACCAUCCCGAGCCUUAAUGAGAGCGGUAAUUGAGAGAACACAGAGCCUGGGAUGCGCAAUCUCUCGGUGAAAGCGUGCAAGGGAGCGACCAUUUUAAUGGAAGAUCCAUUUCCCCUCAACCACACGUAUUAACUGGAUUUAAUAUCUGCCUCAAGUGACCAUUUAGGCCAAAAAAAAAAAAAAAAUUACGAUGACCAACUGUUUAGUGCCCUUGGAGGAGACAGAGAAUAUUUCUCUCCUCUGUUUCAGCCAAGCCUUGCAAGGUGUAGCCGUUCCUGCCCGCUCUCACGUGAUGUUUACUCUUGGUGCMAAACAGAUUCUGGGUUUGAAGGAACAAACUCUGUCUUGGAGAUUUUUAGAGGUGACCUGCUGAGGUUGGCUCUGGCUGUUUGAGCAGCUGGGCUUUCCAGGCUGGAGAAAAGAGCAGAGCUGUGUUUGGGGAUAUUUUGGGGGCACCUGGGGCACCUCUCCUCGGGGUUUUCUGAAGGGAAAGAAGGAAAUGAAGGUUGGUUCAUGGAUUGGUUUCAUGUUACCGGCAUGGUAUCGACUUGGAGAUGGCUCACGUGGGGCUGCAGAGUCAACAGCUCUGAGCUGGGGCUUUCCCGGGAUCUGCUCCGCCGCGGCCGGAUGAGAUAACGGCCCUACAAAACCUUGCUGUGCCCCCUAUAAACCGGGAUCUGCUCCCCCAAACAGACCCGUGUUCCCUCAGGACAGACAGACCAGGCACGGCCAGACUGGGGGUGUUCAGCAGUGCAGAGUCAUGGAAUGAUCGUUGAGGGAAAAGAAUUCUGAGAUCGUGGAUCCAGUGAUCAACAUGAGCUGGGGGUGCUCCGUGUGUGCAGGGCAUCAUCUGCCUGUGAUCCCGGUGAGGAUUCGCUCCUGGAAAGGCCUUGUCCUGGGAAAAGUCCCUGCUUCAGGAGAGGUUCUUGCCACAGGAGAGAUCCAUGCCACAGGGAAUGUCCCUGUCCCAGGAAAGGCUGCAGGGAAGGUCCCUGUCCCAGGAGAGGUCCCUGCCCCAGUAAAGGUCCCUGACCCAGGAGAAGUUCCUGUCCCAGAAAAAGUCCCUGCCCCAGAGAAGGCCCCAGGAAAGGUCCCUGCCCCAAGAGAGGUCCCUGCCCCAAAAAAGGUCCCUGUCCCAGGAAAGGUCCCUGUCCCAAAAAAGGUCCCUGUCCCACUAAAGGUCCCUGCUCCAGGGAAGGUCCCCGCUCCAAUAAAGGUCCCUGUUCCAGGAAAUGUUCCUGUCUCAAUAAAGGUCCCUGCCCCAAUAAAGGUCCCUGCUCCAGGAGAGGUUCCUGUCCCAAUAAAGGUUCUUGUCCCAGGAAAAGUUCCUGUCCCAGGAAAGAUCCCUGCCCCCAAAAAGGUCCCUGUCCCAAUAAAGGUUCCUGCCCCAAUAAAGGUCCCUGCCCCAAAAAAGGUCCGUGCCCCAAUAAAGGUCCCUGUCCCAGGGAAGGUCCCUGCCCCACGGUGUGAGUGUUUAGAUCCCAGAGUAACCACGAUCCGUAGAAAGCUGUGAUUAAAUUGGCACAAACCUAAUCAGGUUUUUUACGAAGGAGCAAAACCAGACUCCACCUGAGCCACGGGGUGAUACAAACGCCACAUCCCUGCCCCAUCCAUGAGUUUAUCACCACAGGAACGAAAUCACGGAGCCACGAGUGACCCCCCCCCAUCCCUGCAGCAUCCCCCUCCCCGGCUGGGAUCGCGYUCCUCUGGCUCGGGCAGCGCUUUUAAUCGCGAUCCUGCCCUUCCYGGGAUUCAGCCCGAUGUGGGAACAGACUGCGAGUCUCCAGCCCGCCGCUGCUGCCUCCGGGCGAGGAUAAAUCCCCGCUGUUCCCGGGGCUGCCGUAUCCCCGUCCUCUCCAGAGAUGGCAGCACGUCCCCAGCCAGCCCGAGGAGRGAGGAGGACACGGAUGUUUUCUGCUCCAAACUGCUCCUUUGGGGACCUCAUUUCUCAAUGGUCAAACGUGGAGAGUUUGGGACUUCGGGGGUUGUGCCAAAAYUUGGAUUUCCUUCUUCUUACUGGGUUUGGAAA